GAGCGCGCGGCACGUGACCGGCGGAUGACGUCAUGAGCCGGUGAGCGUAAAGCGCAGUGACCUUCUUUACGACCGUCACACGGAGAGAGGAGCCGCACAGAGGAGCCGCCGUUCGACCCCGGAGCCUGUUCACCGACACCGAGUCUAACUCACAGCUGACAAUGGGAGACAUUGCCAAGGGAAAGAAGGCUUUCGUCCAGAAGUGUGCUCAGUGCCACACAGUAGAGAACGGGGGCAAGCACAAGGUUGGCCCCAACCUCUGGGGUCUGUUCGGACGCAAGACCGGCCAGGCAGAGGGCUACUCGUACACAGAUGCCAACAAGAGUAAAGGUAUCGUGUGGGGCGAAGAGACCUUGAUGCAGUACCUGGAAAACCCCAAGAAGUACAUUCCUGGAACCAAAAUGAUCUUCGCUGGCAUCAAGAAGAAAGGAGAGCGCCAGGACCUCGUUGCAUACCUGAAAUCUGCGACGUCAUGAACCAGUCACAAAAAUCAGAAUAUUUAAUGCCAUUUUAAUGUCUUUUUGUUCAUUUGUAGGCCUGCCCAUGGUUGAAAAAUGGUUUUAUGUUGUGUCAUUUGCAAUAACCUAUUUUAUGUUGUGUACAGUUAGAAAAGUGGGACUUCCUGUUAGCCAGUGAAUUCACAACAGGUGUUAAUUGUUCAAGUGACAAAACAUAAAACUUUUCUUGUUUUUAUUUUAUUUUCUGUGUGAAUCGAAGCUUAACUUAAAACUAAUUAUUAACUAUUUAAAUUUGCUAGCUAAGAUCAGUCGCCUGGUCUGUCUCUCAUUCUGUUUGCCAUGAAAUGAUAUAUAUGUUACUUUCAUGCGAGCAGAGCCAUCCCCCACCAUACUCAAUUUUUGAAACUCACAAAUCAUCUAAGAUUAUCAUCAGAGUGAUAAAGAGAGGGAAACUUGAGGUUUUGUUGCUAAACUGGUGCUGACACUUGUUCUACCCCCCCUGUAUUCGUGGUAGGUGGAGUUUCCGACCUUUUACAAUGACCGAAUGAAUUUUAUCAGUUCUGUCUCUCCUUAAACCGCAGCUGUCAGAAACUCCCACUUGCCAUGAAUUCUCCCCAGAUUCCAAGGAUUCAACAUUUUAUCCCCUAGAAGAUGAAACUAUUUACAGCUAAGAAUUGUAGAAUAUAAAUGCUGUGUAUAUUGAUUUCUUUAAAACCACCCCCACAGUGCUGCGAUACCUGCUGUGUGAAAUCAGCCGGCAUACGAUCACCGUGCCGAACAAAUGUUGUGGAGCUACUGUGUUCUAUUGGAAAAGUCAACAUCCAGAGCGAAGGAAGGAUUUUGUUAUUUACCUGGUUUCACAGGCCUGAAGGAAAUUGUUUUAACUUAUUUUACUGUAACCUGACAGACCUGAAUAUGUAAAGUAUUUUAAUGAGGUUGCUUCCUGUCAGUGUACGCACAGCAAUAUACUGUAUAUGCACAUACACUAUAUGACCAUGUGGUAGUGAUUUUGUGUGGCUGUGGAAAGGAUGGAUGGAGGAUCAAUUAAAUGCAGACGUUCAGAAAUGCGAA